AUCAGCAAGUGACAUAAUAAAAAACGACAACUGUCAACGAGAAUGCUACUCCAUCCAUGCUUUGCAAAUGGCGUCAGCCAAGGGGACGGUCAGUCGCCGUCAAAAUGUGCUCGUUUUGUUAUAAAGUAUUACCCCUAGAAUUUUUAUUACUAUUGUGCACAUUCAAUCAAAAUUAAGGUGAUACAAAUCAAGAUAUUCUUGAGCACUACAGUAUUCUUAAAUAAACUAUAUAUUAUACAGUCUAGUCCCACAAGUUUCUACUUAUAUACUAAUAAAAUAGUCAGUAAAACAAUCUACUGAAGCCAGAUACUUAAGUAUUGAACACUGUACUUACCUAAAAUAAUGAGAGUAUAUUUUUUACGAUAAACUAGUAAUAGAGCUGUGAUAGUGGACAAUUUAUACAUUUAAAAUAAAAUAAAAAGUGUGCAAUUUUUUACAUGAAGUGUGCAAUUUCUAAAAGUUUUGAUACAUAGCCCAAAGACUAGUUAUACGGAAUGAUGUUAUUGUGUGCCUGAGUGUGAAGUGUGUCGCGAUGGCGCAGGCCCCGCAGCAGUUCUGCGUGCGGUGGAACUCCUACCACACCAAUUUACAGACGGUGUUUCCGCGGCUGCUGCUGUCAGAGCAGUUUGCGGAUGUCACGCUCGCCAGCGAGGGGCGGCAGGUCCGCUGCCACAAGCUGGUGCUAUCGGCCAGCUCGGGCUACCUGGAGCAGCUGCUGCUCAGCAACCCCUGCAAGCACCCCAUCGUGCUCAUGAAGGACAUGCGGUUCAGUGAACUCCAAGCGCUAGUAGACUUCAUGUACAAGGGCGAGGUGAAUGUCACUCAGGAUGAGCUGCCCAGCCUGCUUAAGUCAGCCGAGGCGCUGCAGAUCAGAGGCCAAACCCCCCAACCGCCCACAAAGCCCUCCAACGGCGCGGGCAAGAAGCGAACCCCGGACAGCGCCGUCAAGGAAGAGCUGGUGGAAGAGGAUGGAUUGUUCUACGGGGAACUGGAUAAUGAUCAGAUGGACUACCAUGAGGACGAAGACUCGGGGAAACCAGGCAGCAGCCUCGGACAGCCUUCUGCGCGCUCUUUCUUGCGAGUAAAGCCCGAAAGCGAAUUGUUUUUCCAAAACAAACUGCAGAGCUUAGCCAAAAACAACUCAGACUACAUCGCCAAACUAGCCAAAAUGAACCCCGCGCAGAUACACAACGAAUUCUCAAAAUACGGAUUCAGCACAACAGAAGAAAUAAACGCGAAAAAACAACAAACAUCCGACAACGACUACUACAAGUCGUGGCUCGAGCAAAACGGAGAGCUAGAGGUCUCACUCCUAAAAGCUAGCGACCGGAAAAAACCGAAACCGGAAACGAAAACCGGAAAAUCCGAAGUGGAGCUCAUACCGAAAAACAAGAGCGCUAUCGACAAGGCUUUGAGUUCCGAAUAUCCGAAAGCCGAAUUGUUCCCACAGAUACGCCGUAGGGGGCGUCCUCCAAUUUUUAAAGACAGGAAUGUGGAUAUUGGGGAAACGGUUUUGAAAUCGGAUUUGGACCAGUUUUUGGAAGGCAAAGAGAUCAGUUCUUCGGGACUGUCGAGGAAAGAUCUGGAGAGGGUUAUGAUGGGCAAGUUCAAUCCUAAUAGACGGUAUUCUAACGAGGCGAUGUGGGCCGCUCUUAUGGAUGUGAAGAAAGGUGGCAGUAUUUAUAGGGCGGCGCAAACACACAAGGUCCCUAGAAAAUCCCUCCGCAACUGGAUGAAGCGAUGCCACAUCAAGUCCUCUUUCCCCAUGCCGCAGCAACUGAAACAAUUCGUAGAAAACAGCAAGAAACAGAAAGAAUUCAAAAACUUCGAAUACCCGCAAACCGAAACCGAACCGAAAAUGGCCGAUACCGAAACCGAAAUGGCUAAUUUCGAACCGGAUAUCGAUUUCGGGAAACACUUUCUGUUCUCCAAUUCUAAUCAGGUGUCUAGUGAAGAUGAUGCGGGGGAUAAAAGCGAUGAUGAUAAGGAAGUCACUCCAGUGAGUAGUGAGAAAAACGAUACACCAGAUGCAGUAGAUAUGUCGGUGAACGAAUAAUUGCACUGAUGUAGUUGAACCAAGUUGUAUGACUCACCAAAGACAGACAAAUAGUAGCGGUUUUCAUUUAAAAAUCUUUUGUCUUCAUCAAAUUGACCUAAAUGCCCUACCCCGCAAAGGAGUACAGUUUAUGACGCAUAUAUCUGACCCCCCGUUUGGUUUUGUUUAGGUUUACUUUGCUAGGAAGUGUCACCUACCUAAUAUUCUAAGGGGGUCACUUAUCUGUACAAGGCAAAGCAAGUGUUUAAAACAUUAAUGUCAUAAGAAAUAAAUACUUAUUACCUUUAUUGAUUUCUAUUAAUAAGUCAUUUUUAUAACAACUUAUAUUAAAAAUCAACAAAGAAAUAAACCAAAAGAAGUUUAAAAUUUUAAAUUUUUAAUGUUUUCAAAGUGCUGGCUAUCUAACUAAAAAGUAUUGAGUAUUUAAAAUACUAUUUCGAUUACUUAGGUACUUAUGUUUCAAAAAACUAUACUUAAUUUUCAUUUUGUCCAAAGUUUGUUUUAUUCUUGUUUAUGUACUAUUACGUACCCAAAGAU